UAUCGGGAACAACAGCUGUUGGCCAGUGCCCGCCGCAAAAGAGCGCGCAGAGCGCGUCCCCCUAGCAACGUUUAUGGCGGUGUUGCUGGGAGUUGUAGUUUGCGUCUGUCCGCGGUGUCUGCGCGCAAGCUCAGAGGGGCGGCCGAAACUACACUUCCCAAGAGCCAUCGGAGCAGGACUGGGCGGGGCCAGUCCGGGAGGCGGGGCUCCGGCCGCGGCGGAGGUUGUGGCGGCUCAUUCGUGUUGGAAGACAAUAGGUAUUCUGGAUCUCUCAUUGUUUAGAUAAGAACAUUAAAUUAAAAUGUUCCUGAUGCCAACCUCUUCAGAAUUAAACAGUGGGCAGGACUUUCUAACCCAGUGGAUGACCAGUCCUUCUCGGGCUGGGGUCAUAGUAAAUCAAGGAUUUCCUAUUCUGGAAGCAGACGAGAAGCAAGCAGCUACAAAUGUUUCCACCAGCUUCCCUGUUAAAGCCAUCCACUUUUCGAAUAGCUUCAGCAUUAGUAGUGAAGAGGAUUCAUUUCGUGAAGAACAGAAGUUGGAGGCUGGAGGACCUUAUAAACUACAUUCAGAAAACUCUGAUGCUCACAUAGUCUUUCCUUUAAUUAAAAAGGAACCAACAUUGACAUGUCAGGAUACUCCUGGAUACCAGGAGGAUAACAAAAAUGACUUUAUGCCUGAUCUUGCGAGUGAACUCAAAGAAGUGGCUAAUAAAAACCCGCUUUUUAAAAAACUAGAACAGCUGAAAGAACUACAGCAAAAGAAGCAGGAGCAACUGAAGAGGCAGCAGCUGGAGCAACUGCAGAGGCUCAUGGAGGAGCAAGAGAAGCUGCUUGUCAUGGUGUCUGGGCAGCACGUGUUUCCAGGUACUUCACUGCCUGAUGAUCAGAGCCAGCAGUAUAGAGCUCCAGGAAGUUUAGCUUUGGGGGAGAAGGCCACUCUGCCAUCACUCUGCCACCCAAAUCCAACCCAAGACAACCUGCAUGCUCCCGUCAUUGUACCCGAUGAACAAAGCAAUUUCUGUAAAGCUACUCAACCAGAUUCUGUCUUAACUUCAAAAAAUGCUUCUGAUUUGUUUUAUGAGUCACAAUGUCAAGAAGCACAUGUGAAAAAAAAUGACUUAAAGGAAGAAAACCCUAACCAUCCUUCAGGGGAAGGUGUUCUGCCACGCUGGGAAAAGAAGAUGGGGAGGAGUCAGGAAGGGAAGAACGUGAACUUACAGAAAAGUGGAGAUUCCUCGGAUGUGGUGAAUGCUGAAGAAAGGCCCAUCAAAGCUGCCAUAAGAGAGAAGACGCAGACAUUUGAAGACUAUUUGGAAGAGCAGAUUCAGCUGGAAGAGCAAGAACUGAAGCAGAAGCAGCUGCGGGAAGCAGAGGGACUAUUGCUAACGAAAGCAAAACCCAAGCAACCAUUUUUAAAACGAGGAGAAGGUUUAGCUAGGUUUACUAAUGCUAAAUCUAAGUUUCAAAAAGGAAAAGAAAAUAAGGCAGUGAGUAGCCAGAGCCCUUCAGAAGACCAGUCUGCAUUUAAAGUCGACAGACAACACUUGCAGAGGAAAACUGCUCUGAUAAGUAAAGACCUGUGUGCAGAGGCCCCCACUGCUAAGAAGGAGAAGAAGGCCAGAACCAAGGCUGCUUCUGCCUCAUUCAGUCAGAAACCCAAAGUGACCAAGAUCAGUACGAGGGAAAGUCUCUCUCCACCAGGACUGAAAGCUCAGGUGGGGAAGAAAUGUGAUGGGCAAUUUGGACGCCAGAACAAAUUAGAAAGAAAUGUACAAGCUAAUAAUAAGGAAAAUGUACCUGCGUGCUCAAAGCCCUGUGAUGCUGGUUGCAAGGUGUGGAAUAAGACACAGGUGAGAGAGAGACUUCCUCUCUCCACGGGGCCAGUUGGCUGUGUGGCCUCCAAGAGCCUGAGGAGUGAGAAGGAGAAAGAGACAGAGUUAUCCCUUGACAUUUCUUUCCAGAAAAAAUUAGAAAAUUGGGAACGAGAAAAAGAAAAGGAAAAUUUGGAAUUAGAUGAAUUUUUAUUUUUGGAACGGGCUGCUGAUGAAAUAUCAUUUUCUAGUAAUUCCUCAUUUGUAUUGAAAAUCUUAGAGAGGGACCAACAGAUCUACAAAGGUCACAGGAUGUCUUCUACCCCUGUCAAAGCUGUGCAGCAGCAGAAGGCACAUCAGGUGGACCCUAACGGUCAGAGUAACCAUGAGCUUCCCUGCCAUAAUGCUGCAUGUGAGCGAAAGAGUGAGUGUGAGGCCAUGCUCUUGUCACUGGCUUCAGGGCCACCUGAUGGUUUGAGGGAACUCUCCUGUAAACUUAGUCAGAAAGCCUUCCAGACCAGCACUUCUGAAAACCAGAGCCCAUGGGAUGCAAGUGAUGACAGUGUUGCCAACAGUGACAGCAGCACUGACUCUGAGGAGCAGCCUGAUGUUACCAUAAAACCGUCCACUGAGGCAGGGGAGAGGGUCUUCAGCAACAGAGAGGAGAGUCCCCAAGUCUGUGACACUAAAGGACCUUUUAGGGACACUGGUGCUCAAGAAGACAAAUGGCAAGAUGCCGAUCUGGAUCUGUCUGAUAAGGAGUGCAGCAGUGACGAGUCUGUCAUAGUUGAAAGCCUGAAACAUAACGUCUCGGAGCCAUCAAGACAACCCUCCUGUCAAGAUGGGAGUAAAAUUGACUUUGAUGAUGAAAGAUCUUGGACAGACCUUGAGGAGAAUCUGUACGAACAUAAUGUUGCUCUCCGAGAUGAAGCCACACAUGGUGCACCCCUGACACAGUGCCCCAGUAGGAGUGAAGCAUGUGUUCUGGACAAAACAAUAAAAAGGAAGGUUGCAGCAGUCAAGAGGGGGGAAGACUUGAGCAAGUCUGACAGGGGCAGAAGUCCUCCUCCUCCAUCUGACCUGAUGGUAAAAUUCUUCCCUUCUUUGAAACCAAAGCCAAAAUUAGAUUCACACUUAGACAGUGAACCCAAGUUGAACACGAGUCAAGACCAGCCACCAGGUGACAGGGUUCGAUCUCAGGUUCUGAGAGAGAAAGUUAUUGAAUUGGAAUCAGAAAUAGAAAAAUUUAAAGCUGAGAACACAUCUUUAGCUAAACUUCGCAUUGAACGAGAAAGUGCCUUGGAAAAAUUGAGGAAAGAAAUUGCUGAAUUUGAGCAACAAAAAGCACGAGAACUGGCUCGAAUAGAAGAAUAUAAAAAGGAGGAGACAAGGAAACUGCAAAAGGAGCGUAAAGUUUUUGCAAAGUACACAGCAGCUGCAAGAACGUUUCCAGACAAAAAGGAGCGUGAAGAAAUACAGGCUUUGAAACAGCAAAUUACAGAUUUACAGGAAGACUUGAAAAGAAAAGAAACAAAAUGGUCAAGCACACACGGUCGCCUCAGAAGCCAGAUAGAAAUGCUAGUCAAAGAGAAUACAGAUCUCCGAGAAGAGAUAAAAGUAAUGGAAAGAUUCCGACUGGAUGCCUGGAAGAGAGCAGAAGCUAUUGAGAGCAGCCCCAAGGCCUGCCAGUAUGUGACAGCCACAAAAAGGGAUGAUACCAUGAAGAGUCAUGUUUCUUCGGGAGUCCAGGUAGAGAAAUACAAGAAAAACUAUUUGCCAGCACAAGGGAAUCCGACUCGAAGAUCCAAGUCUGUGCCUCCUCGUGAUCUAGGCAGCUCGGAAAAAGGACAAGCUGCUUUGCCCAGAGAGCCUCUUGAACCAUUGCACUUUCCAGAUCUUGAAUAUAAAAACAAGGAGGAAAAAGAGGAAGAAAUUCAGGGAGAAGUCAGUCAUCCUGAUGGAAAGGUAGAAAAGGUUUAUAAGAAUGGGCGCCGGGUUGUACUGUUUCCCAAUGGAACUCGGAAAGAAGUGAGUGCGGAUGGGAAGAGCAUUACUGUUACGUUUUUCAACGGUGAUGUGAAGCAGGUCAUGCCGGAUGAGAGAGUGGUCUACUACUAUGCCGCUGCCCAGACCACUCACACCACAUACCCAGAAGGCCUUGAAGUCUUACAUUUCUCAAGUGGACAAAUAGAAAAGCAUUUCCCAGAUGGAAGAAAAGAAAUCACAUUUCCUGACCAGACCAUCAAGACUUUAUUUGCUGAUGGUCAAGAAGAAAGCAUCUUUCCAGAUGGCACAAUUGUUCGAGUACAACGUGAUGGCAAUAAAAUCAUAGAGUUUAAUAAUGGCCAACGAGAGCUCCAUACUGCUCAGUUCAAGAGACGAGAAUAUCCCGAUGGGACUGUUAAAACUGUCUAUGCAAAUGGUCAUCAAGAGACAAAAUACACAUCUGGCCGAGUCAGAGUGAAGGACAAAGAUGGUAAUGUUCUAAUGGACAGAGAAUUGUAAAGAUCUUUGUGGGAUUAAUCAUGAAAUAACACUAACUAGUUUUUCUGUUGAGAGUAUGUACAUUUAUUAAUGUGUUCAGUUUAAUUUAUAUGUGUCUAAAUAAAUGUAAAAGAUUAUGUUUGUUUGAAUUUUAACAUUAAAAGUUUUACUACACAGUCUUCCUGUUUUACAUUCUUAGAAACACAAAAGCAGCUCACCUAGUGCAUGUGUCUGUCUACAGUUAGGAAGAGAAAAUACUAUUGCUUUGCUAUAAACUAUGUACAGUUUAUUUCUUUAAGCAUCUUUUCUUUUUGUUUUUUGAAGACUGGGCCCCACUGUGUAGUGCUAGCUAGCCUGAAACUCACUGUGUAGGUUGGGCCGGCCUUGAAUGAUACCUGUUUCUGUGUUCCCAGUGCUGGGAUUGAAGACAUGUACCACCACACAUGGCUUGUACAGUUUUUCAAAAUAAGAAAACCAACAGGUAAAAGAAGUGCCUCAAAUACUUGUUCCAUAGGCACAGUAGCCGUGGGCUGUGAGCUUCCCAGAGAGGGAACUAAAAAGUGAAUGUCAAAACAUUACUGCAGCCAAUACUAAAAGGAAAACUAUUAUCUAGCACAAAAACUCAUGAACUGUAAGAGUGGAGAUGAACACAAACAGGCCAAACCAUAUUACAAAUACUAAAUAGUCUUAGGAGAAAGCAGUUAUGACCAGAAAGCUGGUGUACUUUGUCAAAAACAGAGGAGUAAGCAGCUGGUGUGAACCGGUCACGCCCUUAGUGUCAUUACCAGAGGUGGGAGCCAGUACAGGCCAGCUAUGCUCAAAGAACGGGCAAGCUGCCUACUCUAAGCUUAUAGCUAGGACAGUGGGUAUGGACAGUUACUAAUAAAUCCAGUCCAACUGAUGUAAGCCAUCUACAGUGGCGCACACCUGUGAUCCCAGCAGUUAGGGAGGCAGAGGCAGGCAGAUCUCUGAGUCUACAAAGUGAGUCCAGGACAGUGUCAAGGCUAUACAGAGAAACCCUCUCUCAAAAAACCAAACAACUCCCCAAAACCAAAACAAACAAAAAGAACCGAAUAUGAAACACAAAAAAUCAUAUGGAAGAAUUUUAAAGUAAGACAUGAAGCAUAAACUUUAAAGGACAACUGCCAUCUUCAAGAAUGUUUAUCUACCUUUUCAAAAGUAACUGCCCCUUGACCCGGCAAAUCCCACUAGUACGUACAUAUAAGAAAACCUCUCGUGUGUAUAAGGGCCCUAUAGGAGAAUGCAAUUAGACAACAAAAAGCUAAGUGACUACCCACAUAGCUAACAGUAAGGUCGCGCACUCAAAUGGGCAGUGAAGUCAGCAGGGCUCCCACUAACACACUGCACUGCAAACAGGGUGAAAGUGUUAUUUAGCUUUUCCAGUCUUACAGACCACAGAAUUAUCAAGACUUAUGCAAUAAACUAUAAACACCAAUUCAAUCCUACUCAUUUUGUAAGGGAGUGGGAGUGGUGAUGAGUGAGACAUUUCAGGACUUUCAAAAGUUCUGCUAUUUCUUAAGCAAAAUCUUAAUAACAUGAACUAAAAUUUCUAUAUGCCUAAAUUUUAUUUUGAAAACAGUAUAAACAAAAAUGUUUCAAAGAAAAUAUUAACUUUCUCCCAC